AUGGAGGGAAAUACAAAUCAAAAGCAUGACCAUGGUAGUGGUAGUGGUAGUGGUAGUAGUGGUGGUGACAGUAAUGGAUCUUCUUUCAAUAGACUGGUUCAAUCGUUUACUCGAGAUGGAAUAGAGAUUGAAAUUCUACCGUACCAAAACGAUAACGAAGAAGAAUUUCAUGAAACUUAUAACAAUACUGGUGGAGCUCCGCUGCGAGAUACAACUAGUAAUGGUCACAGGCACCAGUCUCACACUCAUAAUAACCAAAAUGCAUCUACUUCAGCGAAAGUGGACGAGUCACUUGGUACUACAAUCAUUACCGAGAUUCAACAAGCAGAAUACAUUUGUCUAGUCUGUACGGGAGAAAUUGACCAAGACUCCAAAGUAUGGAGUUGUCAAGAAUGUUUUAGAGUUUACGACUUGGACUGUAUCAAAGAUUGGGCUAUACGUGGAUCAUCAACAAACAAGAUAAACAAGACAUGGAGAUGCCCAAGCUGUAACUACGAGUCCAAAAAAUUACCAUCAAAAUUUACGUGUUGGUGUGGCAAAGUGAAAAACCCAGAAAAGAAUAAGCUUAUGCCUUUUAGUUGUGGUAAUCUGUGCAACUACAAAUACCCAAAUUGUAUCCAUCGAUGCUUAAACACAUGUCACCCGGGUAAGCACCCGGUUUGUGGAGCUAAUGGACCAUUGAUGAAAUGUCAUUGUGGCAAGGAAAAAAGACAAGUGCCAUGCAUCAUUACACCCUAUAAAAAGGGGUGGAAGUGUGAAACAGAAUGUAACAAAAAAUUAUGUGACUUGGGACACAAGUGUAAAAAAGGAUGUCAUGGCGGCUCCUGUGGCAAAUGUCCAAAGAAAAUUGAAUACAAGUGUUAUUGCGGUGAUACCAAAUUAAAAGGCAAAUGUAGCAAGAGAACACCAAUCGAGUGUGUUGGUUUUGAUGGCAAGAAAAAAUGGAUAGGCGGUGGCUCGUGUGGUAAGCGCAAAAAGUAUUAUUACGAAUGUGGCGAACAUUACAAAGUAUUGGAUUGCCAACCACCACCAAACAAAGCAAACUUUGCAGUUUGUAUAUAUUCACCAGAUGUGAUAUCCUCAUGCUAUUGUGGAAAAACAAAAAUGAGUGUUGAAAAUACUCGUACCAAAUGUACGGAUCCCGUACCUGAAUGUGAUAAUGUUUGUGACAAGUUGCUUCCCUGUGGUUGCCAUUGUCAAUUCAAGUGCCAUUCUGGUGAAUGUUACUGUACGACGAUAUUUGCAAUAACGUGCUCUUGUGGACACGAUCAGUAUCUGGCACCGUGUGCAUAUGCACAUUCAGGCAAGAGACCCAAAUGCCAUCAUAAAUGUUCGGUGUUGUUGAGCUGUAGAAAGCAUUAUCAUCGUGAAGAAUGUUGUGAUCAAGAGCGUAUUGGAUUGGAAAGGGAAAGAGCAAGGAAAAAGGCUAUUCGAAACAAUUUAAAGACAAAUGUGCGCGAUGAUAUCAUGUCUAUUGAAGCUGCCCACAUCUGUACACAAACUUGUAAUAGAAUGAAGCUGUGCGGUGUGCACGAAUGUCAAGCAAUGUGUCACAGUGGACCAUGCGAAGUUUGUCUUGAGUCGACAAACGAUGAUUUGGUUUGUAAUUGUGGCAAGACAAGAAUUGCAGCCCCGGUUAGAUGCGGAACCGAAUUGGUAUGUCAUGAACAAUGUGUAAGGCCCAAAGAAUGUGGACAUCCUCCGGAGAUUCAUGAAUGCCAUCCGGAUGAUGUAUCGUGUCCCAAAUGCACUUAUCUCGUAAAGAAAACUUGUGAUUGUGGUUCAAGAGAUGAUUUGCCAGGUAUUAUGUGCUCUCAAGAGAGAGUUAGUUGUGGAAAGAUGUGUAUGGUUGCCAAAGAGUGUGGCCAUCCUUGUUUGCGCACGUGUUCUGCCAAGUGUACAAAGGACGGCGACCAUAUGAAGCCCAAAGAUUGUCAAAAUAAUUGUUCAAAAGUGCGCAAAAACUGUCCUCACCUAUGCAAAUUGAAAUGCCAUUUUGAUAAGGUUGGCAAAAGUGCAAAUUGCGAUGUUGUAAGAUGUGGUGAACCAGUUACAAUACAAUGCGAAUGUGGACACUUGUCGAGAAAAGUAAAGUGUGGAGCCUCGGUGAAUGAUGCAAGUCUGAUUGGUACAUUGAUUGAAUGUGACGAGUCAUGUGCUGUAGCUAAGCGAGAUGCCCAGUUACGUAGUGCAUUCAGAGUCGACGAAGUACCUGACAAGGAUAUUUCGGUAUAUUCUCCUUUAGUUUUGGAUACAUUUGCCAAGCAAAGGAAAUGGUGCUCGAAAGUUGAAGACACGAUUAGAUCUUUCAUCAAUGAUUACAAUGCGCAAAUUGAGAAUGGUGUCGAAUCACCCAAAAGAUCGUUUCAUUUUACUGCAAUGACAUCACCACAACGACAAUUUGUACACGAAUUGGGUAAAUCGUUUGGCUUAUACACUGAGUCACAAGAUGCUGAACCGAAAAGAGCAACGUUUAUUGUUAUUACUCGAUUAACUAAGUUACCUGCAGUAACAAUUGCCGAGGAGGUUGAGAUGUUGGAAUUGAAAGCUAAAGAGCAAAGCGAAGUUAAGAAAAUGACACAAGAAGAAAUAGAUGAUGCGUUAUUUAAUGCAAUUGUGAUUCAGGAUUUGUUCUUUGGUGUGAACAAAGAAGAUUUAGAAAGAGAGUUGCUUAGCAAUAAAAGGGAGGAAAAACAAAACACUAAUGAUGAAGAACAAGAAUUGACUAAAAGUUUCAGAAUCCAGUGGACUGAAAACUCGACAUUUGUCCUUUAUAAUUCUGAAAACUUUAAAACAAUGGACGUUGAAGCCGAGAAUAAAUUGUGGCUAAUGCAGGAUAAAACAAGAAAGUUAUUGAGAGAAAAGUCAUUGGCUUUUGAUUGCAAACUAUGCUUGAUUGAUGAUAGUUUAAACUUUAUUUUGAAAGUGGCCAAGACGAGCCGUGUAUCGUCAGUUGAACCUGUUUCAGAAGUGAAAAAGACACAGAAUAAAAACGCUUUUAAUGUCCUACAGACUGAUGAAUUAGUCAUGCAAUCUUGA